GAAAAGGUGUGAAAAUAAAGUAGAAGACCGAUCGAAAAACAUACGACAUCGAAGAGUGAAAAAAAUGUCUUCAAGUGCUGGUCGCUGAAAGAAAAACAUGAACAGAAAUUUUCCUGCCAGUGGCCGAUCAUUUAUCGCGCAAUAAUCCAAAUUCGUGAUUUCAAUAAAAUGAGCCCCAAAUUCGACGUGAGUGAAUUUACGCGUCGAUUGAAACGGACGUUCGACGGCAACAUCUCCUACCGGAAACUGUUUGCCCUGCUUUUUGUGGUGGCCGUAUUCCUCCUGUAUAUUGGACCGUCUUUCCUCCGGUGGCUGUUCGGGAGUGACGAACCGAUCAAAGAUCAUACGGGGCGAUGCAUGGAUGACCGAUUGACCCCCUUCUACCUGCAACAGCUGGAAUACAACGUUAACAUCCGGCACCAGCCGAUCUUCCCCCAGGAGUACGAUGCCGUUCCGUACGUAGGCAAUGGGAUGUUCGGGCUGGAGAUCCAGGCGGAUGCCAAUCUGCACAUAUUCCGGGGGCGGGCUUUGCUCCAGCCGGUGAACUUCCAUCCGAUUGUGAGUGUGGCCGCCGGUGGGAUGGGAACCCAUCGGGAAGCGACCGUGGUGGAAUAUCUGAGCGGCGUUGUCCACCGGUUCCAGUGCUUCUCCGAGGGCUACUUUGUGUCGUAUCAGUACUAUGCGCACAGAACGAUGCCAUCGGUGCUGGUGCAGGAGAUUCAGAUCACCAAUACCAAAAAUCAGCUGGUGGACGUGGAACUGGUCGUGCCGAGGAUCUCAGAUUGGCCAACGGCCGUCACCCGGAGUGUGAAACUCCAGCACGGUUCGACUAUCCUGGAGUACCAGGUGAUAACGGGACUGAUUGACGUCGUUUCGACUGGAAAUGACGAUAAGCGAAUUCGCGUGGUCUGCAUAGUGGCUCGUAAGAUGCCCCGCGUUCUGACGCUGAAAAAACGUGGAACCACUAAGUUGGAACUGCUGCUGACGAUCAACUAUUCGGAUGCGAUCCCUCGGGACAAGUAUGCGGUAUAUAAGGAGACGAUUGAGCAGCAAACAAUCGAUGCGAUGAACAAGGCUUUACAGGCCGCAGAACACGGAGAACAUAAUGCGUAUUAUGCGUUUAAGCGAGACCAUAUAAAGGUUUGGAACAGCCUGUGGGAAACGGGAUUCCACAUUAGUACUUCCAAGGCGGAGAAUACUUUGAACGGGAAUGACAUCAACGCAACUAUGUAUGCGGUCAUUUCGCAGUCCAGAGCCUAUGAAUACGAAGUUUCUAGUACGGUGCAGAAGAAACAGGAUAUUGAGAGGGCUUUAACCUACGCGGAAGGUUGUUACGACAGUUACCACACAUUGCAGGCCGAAAACCUGUGGAAGAAAACCAGCAACUUGGAAGAUUUGAACGGAGUUGUGGCCUCUUGGAUGCUGACAUUGGAGAAACAAGGUUGUCACAAUCUUAUCAAGGCAGGAGCUAGUGGAAUUGUUCAAGCCAUGGUACUCAGCUUCGGUGGGUUCCGAUUUAGCAACCAACACUUGGAGUUGAACAUCCACCCGAAGUAUCUGCACCGAGACUACGAUUUCCGACGAUUAAACUAUGGCAAUAUGACCCACGUAAACGUGUCCAUAGCGGUUCGGGAAGACAACAAAGCGGUGUUGUUCGUGGCUCUCGAUCGCUCCGACGGAAACUACUACGCUUGCGAUGCUGGAUGUCUCGAUCCUCCGGUUCAACUCGGUCCUUCGAAAACCAUUUUCCCAGUGAAGCUGACUGAGCCUCUCACCUCGAUCCUUUACAUUACGUCGGACAAGAUCCACAUGGAAGACCUCCGGCAUGCGCUCCACGUCAAAGAGGUUGUUGAAGCUCCGGCCCACGAGCACCACGUGAUCGCGCUGCACAAACAUGGCCACUCACUUGGGGCCCUGCCGACCCUAUUCUGGGUUUCGAUCUGUGUCAUUAUCGUCGUUUUCCACGUGUUCCUCUGCAAACUGAUAGUGAAGGAGUACUGCGAACCGCCGGACAAGUUACGAUACCGAUACAGCAAACCGUGAGAUGCGGAGCUGAUGCUGUUUAGUUGAGAGUUGAGACGACGCUCGCAAAAUCUGCCCUAGAGAGACUGUACAUUAAAAAGGUGUUUUACCCUUUCAGUUUGAUCAGUAGAGAGAAUGAUUCACAAAAAAGUAUUGGCAAUAAUAAAGGCAUUCGUGCAAUGCUCGCUAUAUUUUAAAAAGCAAAGCGAAACCAAAAA